AUGAACGGUUCAACAGUAGCUGGUGCUCGUGGAUCUGUAUCAACAUAUCUUUCUUCUCCAAAAAUGGUUGUUAUUGAUAAUACAAGUUCAAUCUAUGUUUUAAACAGUGGAAGUUAUUGUGUAUGGAAAUUCUUUCCUGGAAAUGCAACAAUUGGUACUGUUAUUAUUAAAGGCUCAUCAGGGAAGAAUAUAAAGCAAUUUUCAUCAAUAUCCGCUAUGACGAUGGAUAACGAUGGAAAUAUCUUUUUCUUGGAUUCAGGUUCAACACGUAUUACAAAAUGGAAUAUACCACAAAAUACAACAAGUCUUGUUAUUAAUGGAAGUUCAUUUCUCAAUUCGAAUACAGGAUCUAACGACUUUCUUUUAAAUCCAUUGGGAAUGUUUAUCGAGAUGAAUACAAUGAUCAUUUGGAUUGCUGAUACAAAUAAACAUCGUAUUGUGAAAUGGUUAAACCAAACAACAGUUCAAAUCAUCGUCGGAUGUUAUGGAACGCAAUCAAAUCAAUUCAAAUAUCCAUAUAAUUUCUUUGUCGACGUGGAAAAUAAUUAUACACUUUAUGUAGCAGAUACAUAUAAUCAUCGUAUACAAAUGUUUUUAAAGGAUCAAACCAAUGGAACAACAGUUGCUGGAAUAACUAGUUAUUAUGGAACACAACUCAAUCAACUAUGGACGCCAACAGCAAUUCUAGUUGAUCAAAACCAAUUUAUGUAUAUUGUUGAUAAUGGGAAUUCACGAAUUCUUCAAUGGAAAGCAGGUGAACAAUUUGGAAAACUUAUAACAGGAACAUAUACAUCUGGUGGGUCAGGAUCAGACCAACUUUCAAAUCCAUGGAGUUUGACAUUUGAUACAAUCGGAAGACUUUAUGUUGUUGAUUAUGGUAACGGUCGAAUUCAAAUGUACAAUAUCACUUGUUUAUCAACAAAUGAUACAAUGUCACCUUUAUCUUCAACAACAACAACAACAACAACACAACCUAAUGCAUUUUCAGAAUGUGAUACACCUAUUUGGUCAUCGAAUGGAAUAACAGAGGCUGGUUCAAGCAUAGGUGAUUAUGGUUCUGAUUCUUCUCACUUAAAUACUGUAUACGAUCUUUGGCUGGGUUCAAAUGACACACUUUAUGUAUUAGAUAGCGGUAACUAUCGUGUACAACUAUUUUAUCCAAAUCAACUAUCAGGAAUAACAGUUAUAAAGUCAAGUUUUGGAAGUAGUCCCAACCAAUUUGCUCUCAUGCAUGCAAUGGCCAUUGGUUCUGAUGGAAGUAUUCAUAUUCUUGAUAGUACAAAUGCCCGUCUACUAAGAUUUCCUCGGGGAUCAUCAAAUGGAACAAUCGUAGCUGGUGGAAACGGUGUCGGUAGUGCAUUAAAUAAAUUGAAUUAUCCAUUUGGAUUUUUUCUUGAUCCAAUAACAUUAUAUAUUUGGAUUGCUGAUACAACUAAUUGUCGUGUUGUUAAAUGGAUGUCAAAAACAAACAUAACAUUAGUUGCUGGUGGUUCUUGUGGUCCAGAAGCAGAUCAAUUUCUUUCCCUUUAUGAUGUAUUUGUUGACACCGAUGAUUCAAAUACAAUUUAUGCUGUUGAUGCCGGCAAUUUUCGAAUUCAACAAUGGUUUCAAGGUGCAACGAAUGGAACAACUGUUGCAGGACAAUCGGGUGUGAAAGGAAGUGGAUUGACUCAAUUAUCAGAUCCGUCAGCAGUGGUUUUAGAGAAAAGCAAAAUAAUGUAUAUUGCUGAUGCAGGCAAUAAUAGAAUCUUAAGAUGGAUUAUUGGAUCGAAUUAUGGUUCAGUCAUUGUGGGAACAGAUUCAUAUGGAAAUUUACCUACUCAAUUAUACAGACCACAACGUCUUCGAUUUGAUUCCAAAGGAAAUUUAUAUGUUCUUGACAAUAUGAAUUAUCGAGUUCAAAAAUUUUCAUUAAUUUGUUAUCCAUCAACAGCAAUAUCUAGUCAACUAUCGACAAGCUAUUCAUCGUCAGCAACAUCAAUGGCCAGUUCAACAAAAUCAACAACGACGACCACAUCCAUAUCAACGUCAACAGCAACAACGUCGAGCACAGAACCUAUCACAUUAUCAACAACCACGUCCAUACCAACGUCCAGCACAGAAUCCAUCACAUCAUCAACAAUAGUAGCAAUGUCAACUGUUCUUCAAGGAUCAACAGAAGCUUCAGCGACGUCUACAAGCUCAUCAUUCAGCUCUUUCUAUUUAAAAAUAUCUCUAACAAUUAUACUCAUUUACCAUCUAAAAGAUUAA